AUGAUGGCAACGCCUUUCGCCGAUGCGCCGUCCGCGUCGCUGGUCGUCCGACGUGAGAAGCGGAGGCGUCGGAAAUCCACCGGCGCUAGCGACCCCGAACGGAGGCCGCGGCGAGGCUUUACGUUCAGCGACAAGAAAUGUGAGGUCAAUAACGAGGGGCCUGCAGAGGCCACACCUGUAGGAAAGAGGAAACCUGGCACACCCGCCAAGGACAACACAUUCGUCUUUCGCUUACGGAAAGACGAUGAGAAGGAUAUCGGUAAACUGCACGCCGUGGACGCGGCUGCCGUAUCCGCAGCGCUGCGAUCCAAGCAGGAGAAGGUGGCAAGGGCCGAGAAGCGGCGAUUGGUUAGGUAUAAAAAGCGCGAGGAGGCGACGCGCGAGGCGCUGAAUGAGGAGGAGAUGAAGCACAUGAAGCUGUCCACCGAUCAGGUCUCACUCUAUUACAUGGUGCAGCGUCAAGUCAAACGCGAACUCCGAAAAGUUAGAAAGGAGUUCCUCACCUCAGCAGCGCGCCGGGACAUCAUGCAGCUUAGUGAGACUAGUGUGCAGGCCAUGAAGCAGGAGCUAAUUUCAUUCAUGGACGAGCACCCGCCAGGAAACGUCGCGAUCAAAGUUCCGAACCCCGAAAACGCCCGCAUGCGGGCAACGAUCGAGACGUACGAGCAGCAGAUCAAGAGCCUGGAAGCGGAAGAGAAGAAAUGGCUAGAGUUGAAGGCAAGGCUAGCGGCAGACAGGACAGCAAGCAACAGCAGUAGUGCAGUCCUUGAGACCGCAGCCACGGAACAAGGCAGUGAAGUAAUUGCCGAAGCUGAGCAGGAGGUUCUGCCAUGCAAGUUGAAGAUAUCGCAGAACGUCGAGAACCUCCAGCGCUCGGUGCUGCAGCAACUGGGAUCAACAACAGAGCAGUUAACCCUCUUGGACGCCUCCAUGCUAACCGCAAACCGGUUGAUCGUAGAGGCCGAGAUGAAGAAAGCGCAACUUUUCAGAGUCUACCACGACAGUGCUUUCAAGGGCUACGGGGACGUGUCGCACCCCAAGGAAAGUCUGCGCGCUCUGCUCAAGCUCCCGGCGCGAGGUGGCGUAGCGUGA